AUGUGCGUUUGCAGUAGUCUUUAUAUAAUUUACAGUGUGGUUAACGAUCAUGAUGCGCGCACAAAACUUCUCAUCGGUCUUAUACGCCUUUAUAGCAUGGCCAACUUGAACGAUAUAAUAAAAGCUUUUGAAGAGGCUCUAGACUGUUGGGGCCUUGUCUUUUCUGGAUCGGAAGGACUAAAAACUAUCCCUCCUGCUAAGGUUCAAGAGCCUUUGAAAGAGUUGGUCAAGGUCGCUAAGCUUAUCAAAGCCCACACCACAAAAGUGGGUAUAAUAUUCGAGCCAUCUAAACUUGCCCAACUGUCUGAUGCAGCAUAUACUACAGUAUCAGACUUGUCCAAAUCCUUCGUGCUUUACAUGUCCGUUGUGGCCCAAUUAUCUCCAGACAAAAUAUCCAGUCUAUUUUAUAAGGAGAUAUUGAACAGCUCUCAUACUUUGGUAAGUACUGCUGCAUCGCUCACUGCUGAAUUGAAGGUGUUGAACGACAAGUCGGGAAAAUCAAGUGAUGACAAAAAAAAUACAGAAGUUGAUGUGAGGUUGAUUUCUGUGGGAAAAGUAUGGAACGCAUGUGAUGAAUUGGUCAAAUUGGUGGAAAAUGGAAAUCUUAAGUUCUUGGAGAAGAAGACGAGGCUUCAGCUUUCCUUGAUCGAAGAUGGUCUAGAUGAGUUCUCUGAAUGGGCUGAAAACCCUGAAGAAUUCGAUCUUGUUGAUCCCUUUGGUUUGGAUGAGUUUUCUGAGGAAGAUGAAGAGGAUGGAGAAGAUGCAGAAGAUGCCAAAGUUCCUGUUCCAGACGAUGGUGAAAGCACAUCUUCUCUGGCCGCUGAAGCUACAAUGCUCAAGCUCUCAAGAUUCAGUAAGCAAUGGGUUCAAAAAUUCAAAUUAAUCAAGCUACUCUUCUUGUCGAUUAAUAAAUCGUUGCCGUCUAUUGUCAAUGGUACAGAUAUCGACGAAAUCUACAAUACCGAAAGUAUCAUCAGUAAAGAAGCUGAUUUGCUUAUUGUGGAAUUGAUGAUGAGCCAUUCUCUCACUGAAGAUGUCACUGAACACUCUAUUGCCGUGGAUAAGGCUUGCUCUAAAAUACUUUCGAUUUUGAAGAAAGCAAACAAGAACAGUGACAACAAAACAAAGUGGUGCAGCUCUUGGGAAAUCAAGUACAAGGAAAUGCUGGAGGCAAUGUACGACUAG